AUGCAGCAACUACUUUCCAACUAUAGACCCUUCAAUACGCAACGAGCGGUGCAAGUGGCAAAGCGCAAUGUGGAAAAGGAAUACUCCGUUGUGGGCACAUUGGAGCAGCCAAACGUUACCCUGACAGUGUUGGAAAAGUACAUUCCGCGGUAUUUCAAUCAUGCACCAUAUCUGCACAACUUGUACAAACAAAGCUACCAUAAUCACAAUCGCCGAUAUGCAAUCGAUCCUGAUGUUAGAGCUAUGGUGAGGCGUAAUUUUACCCGGGAGUAUGAUUUCUAUUAUUUCUGCAAGCAGCGUCUAUAUAAACAAUAUUUGGCACUGCAACUGGAGCAGAUUAUCGUUUGAAUCAAAUCUGAAAUAAACGGAGGGCCUCAAGUGAAAUCCCAAAUUGUACCAAAAAC